UGGAGCCAGCCAGCCAGCCAGCCACGCAGAGCUCUUGCACUGCUCUCUCUGUCUCUCUCUCUCUCUCUCUCUCACACACACACACACACACACACACACCGAUGCACACACACACAGACACAGCAUAUACUUUAUAUGUCACAUAGUGUACACAGUCACCUGUCUUCAGGCACACGCAGCUGCAUACUCACCCACACAUACACACACACACACACACACAGACACGCACGCACACACACACACACACACAGACACAUUCAGAAGGGGAACUAAGAAUUGAGGGUCAACGGUGCGUAUCCUGCUCACACGCACAUAGAGCAUUCAUUUAUAUACACGCAGUCACACACACACACACACACACACACACACACACACACACCAGAGCUCUCCCAUACACACUUCAAGUGUGUCAUCAUGCGCUUCUCUUUGCUGCUGCUGCUGUUGGCCGUUUUGGGCUCAGGGCACUGCGUUCAGUACAGCGCCUAUUUCAACAUGGCCGGCGUCAUGGGCUCAGUGCAGUUCAACUCGACAUCAGGGGAAGCGAUGGUCAACCUCACCGGCACGUGUAACACUCUCAACUUCUCCCUGUCUGUGUUCCCCGUCAUGUAUGGCACCUUUCGGCAGCCUUGCAUGGAGGCUUACAUCGGCGCCAGCGUCUUCGAGUUCUCCGUCGACUCAGCCGACUCGACGGUCAACGUGUCGAGCCUGUUCACCCAGAUGUCGAGCCUCGACGCCCUGUCCCUGACGGUGACGACGUGCGACGGAAAGUCCUGCGCCGUCGUCGGGCGAGAGGAACCGGUGAGAACCUGGCGGGCUCGGUUCUUCACCCCCGUGGCCGGCGACGUCUACUUUCGGCAAAUCGCGGGAGAGGAAGGAGCCACGGUCCUCGCGGACUUGUACUACGUCCAACAAAGCGCGGCCAACCUCGCUAGCGUCAACGUGCUAACGUCGGCUAGCUCCGCGGCGGACUGCGAGGCACUCCUCAACAGCAAUGCCGACCUUGACAGUUCGACCCUGCUCGGACCGUUGAGCGUCGGCUCUCCCGUCGCCCUCGUCAAGUCCCGGCGUUACGCGGCGAGUUUCGACAGCAGCGCGGUGCGCUACGUUCUCCUGCACAUGGCCGCCACCAACAGCUCGGCGUGCGCUCCGCUCCGCCGCCUGGAGGAGAAGGUGGUCCGGUCGCGCGUCGACAUGAGAGGCAUCAAGGGCGUCUUCGUGUUCAGACAGGCGUCUCCGUUCCACACCACCGCCAUCACGGUGAACCUGACCAACCUGCGACGCCUGGUGGGACCGUACCACGUUCACAACUACCCCCUCCCGGAGACGAGGUCCCCCCCGCAGAGCCGAUGCGCCAACGACGACAUCGGCGGUCACUGGAACCCUUUUGGCGUCAACGUCUCGAGCCCCGCGUACCCCACGGGACCCGGUUCCACCCACGACCUCUACGAAGUGGGAGAUCUCAGCAGCAAGCACGGUUUCCUGGCAGGCAUGAUGGAAUUCGAGCGUUCCUUUACGGAUUGGCAUCUUCCGCUCUUUGGGCGGAACAGCAUCGUGGGCCGGUCCAUGGUCCUUCACGAGCUCGACGGGGCCAGGUACGCGUGCAGCAGCAUCGGCUACCCUGGCGCCGUGACGGUGGGCAGGGCGAUCUUCCAGUACCCGGUGGUGGGCACCGCCCUGCUCACCCAGCUCACCAGCGACCCCGACUCGGACGUGUCCGUGUUCCUGGACCUCUCCUACGGGGCGAACUCGACCGCGGGCACCACGGGCCACAACUGGCACGUCCACAUGUACCCCAUCAGCUCGGAGAGGGACGACGACGGCAGGCGAUGUGGCACCACCGGCGGCCACUGGAACCCCUUCGCCGUGAACGCGACCGGCGCCACUUACGCGACAUACUGCAGACCGGGGAGCCCGUUCGCCUGCGAGAUCGGGGACUUCUCGUCCAAGCUCGAGACUCUGGACCUCGGGUCCGUGCCGGGCGUACUGUCCACGAAGAGCUUUUUCACCGACUCCACUUUCUUGCUGUCCGAGUCCGUCGGCAGGUCGAUCGUCAUCCACGCGGCGGACGGCGGCGGCCCCAGGAUCGCCUGCGCCAACCUGACCCGACUGAGCUUCCCCGCCGCCGCCACCGGCACCUGGCUCGGGGGCGGCGUCUCGACCGGCAGCGUCCGCUUCUCCCGGGACUCCCCGCAGGGACUGACCAGCGUCGCCGUCUCCCUGGGCAACCUCGGGGGCAUCGUCGGGGGAUACCACGUCCACAUCCUGCCCGUCCUGAGCGGACGGGAGCCCUGCGCCAACGACAACAUCAUGGGUCACUUCAACCCGUUCAACAUCAACACGUCGGCCGACCCGGCGCCGGGCGUGGGCACCACCGACCAGUACGAGGUCGGGGACCUGGGCGGGAAGUUUGGAACGCUGAGGGAGCUGACGGAGCUGCAGGCCCACUUCAUGGACAGCAACAUGCCAGUGUCUGGACAGAACAGCGUCGUCGGCCGGUCUGUGGUUCUCCACCACCUCAACGGAUCAAGGUUGCAGUGCUCGGACAUCUCCGCGGAGACGACCAACGGGGCCGAGUGGGUGACGGCGAGCGCCAGCUUCAGUGGCACCGUGUCCGGAACUGUCACUCUGUCACAACAGAGCUUUCCUGAUGGCAGCUACAGUGACACCAUGCUGGAAGUAAACCUGCAGAUAAACUCCACAAAUAACACGCAAGCCUACUGGUUUCUGACUGAGAAUCGAGUCGGUGCCAACAGCACGGACUGCAGUGGUGCAGGAGGCACGUACAACCCCUUCAAUGUGACCGAGUCGAGCUCCACCUGUAUGGCGGACAGUCCCCUCAACUGUGAGGUGGGAGAUCUGAGUGGCAGGCAUGGCGUCGUCGACCUGACCAAGAGACAGCUGUUCAUUGACAGUACGCUGCAGUUGGCUGGGGAUUUCACAGUCAUCCACAGGUCACUGGUCCUCCGUCAGGGAAGCGAUGUCAUCGCCUGUGCCGCGAUCCUCCCGCAGUCGCCGUCUGCUCAGCAGUUCUUCCCCGUCGCGUCGACGUCUUUCAGCAGGUUCGACUUCCGUGACCGAGUGUCGAAAGUCCUCAACGUGAGCAUCUCGAGGAUCACCCUCCUAGCCGGGGAUCUCUCCGCGGCCCGCACCGACGGCUGUCAGCAGGUCGCCUUCAUGGUGUCAGGCAAUGUGAGUUCCAGCGCACUGAGCUCAGUCAGAUCAAGUGCACUGAUGGGCCCGUUCCUGGAGUCCGGCACCAGCUGCGACCGAGACGGCACUGCCACCACAGCUCCUCCAGCCACAACUCAGAGUUCCAGUGCUCACGGCCUGUGGGCUGGGGAGAGGGCCCUGGCCAUCACACUAACUGCCGCCAUGUUCCUUCAGCUGUGACUGCAACAUUAAGUUAUGUACUUGCAAAGCCUGUCUGUCGUCAACCACAAAGUAUCACCAGGGACUGUGAGCCAAGCAUCGUUUGGCCGUCACUGCCAUUUUGUCAUCCUCAGACUGUAGUGCCAAGUAUGCAGUCAUGAGGAACAUGCUUUGUUUUUUCAUUGUGCGUGACUUUUUUUUAUUAUUAUUUUAAUUCCAACAGAAUGACAAAGUACAUUGGCUAUGUAACUUCUUAACAAAACAAAUCUAUCUGGGAUAUGUGUGUACAGGCCAGUUUUCAGUUUCAGUAAAUGCUCCUCCUCCUAAACAUCUUGUUUACACUCAUAUUUGUAUUUUCAACCUCGUCUUUAAACUGAGUAAUGUGAACUAAGCACUGUUUUACAUUUUCUGUUCAGAUAUAAAAUAUUUUUUAAAGUAUCUGUUAACUACUAUCUGUCUACUUACAUGUACACCUGCUGCAUGGUUUGUUGUUUUUGGGGUAGUAGCCUCAUCAUUUCUUAUCUUUUUUAACAAACAGCAGCAUAGUUGUAGUCUACUGUUUUGUAAAACAAAAUCACACAGAAAAUCAACUACACUUCUUCUGUGUAGUUGUAAUUUACUCUAUAUAUCACCCUCCUCUCUUAGGCUACUGUAUGAUUCUUGUGACUUCAAAGAUGUUUAAUUUCUUUUGAAGAUGAGGAGGCUUAUUGGAGGUCGGUCUGCUUUGUGAUUAUUUGAUUUUAAUUUCAUUAAUGAAUUAAAUAAUGAAUGUUAAUAUUAUGCACUAAUUGCAACAAAAAGCACUGGUACGUCCUCUUUGUGAGACACUUCAUUAGCAAUGAUGGCCUAUGUCUGUAGAUGUGAACAUAGCCAAAGCUGUGACCAAAAUAUAAUUUGUGACUCAAUCUGACGAAAUGAAGUUGCAUAUUCAAAAUUGACAUACAGGCAGAUUUGGCCUAAUACAAAACAUUGAACAUAGUAUUUUUGCAUCAGCAUUGUGUUCUCUUUCCAUGGGUAUCAGAGAUUUUUUUUUUUAAUUGUUGGUCACUGUGACUUAUUUUGCCAGAUCAGGUCACAUUUGUACGUUUGUAUAUUUCUUGUUUUCUGUCAUCAUGCUUGGCGUGGAAUGUAUUAUAGGCUAUUUGAAGUGCACUAUUUCCUGCAUCAAUUGACAAUGUGAAUGUAGACUUCAUUUUCACAGUGCAUUAAAGGAAACUAUUCACUGUA